AUGCCCUUCAUAGGUCCAGUAUCAUUUACCGAUUUACCAACGUCUUCGUCGAAGAUUAUGCAAAAUGGUCAAACUCCAACGCAAACAUCAGCAACGCUGACCACAAUACUUAAACCAAGGACUAAAACAACUCUACAGUCUGCGAAAAGGAUAACAACAACAAUAACAACAGCACCUUCAACAAUAGCUACAACAUCAUUUGCAACUCUGAAUCAGCAAUUUGCAAAACCUUCGAAAACGAUGGGUUCUGAUACUUUAAAGAUGACAAUCGAGACUGUCACUCCCAAACGCACUAAGACGUUACCGUUGCACACCACUACUGAGUCAAAAACCGUUUCACAGACUCCUGCGCUGCAUUCAUUCGUGACAACCUUACCAACAAGUGUCUUACCUUCUAAGGUAAGUACGACAAUCAUUGGAAAUGUAAGCAUGAUAUGACAUGAUUUGUUACCUCUGCGAAACAGUCUUUAACUUUGUUAUUAAAGGCUUUUUCGCCCCAAGUACGGUUAGCCAAGACCGUCCUGGAUUCUGGAUUCAACGCUGUGGAUUCCGGUUUCCAGGUACUAGAUAUUCCGGGCUUCUUGUCAGUGGAACUUGCACUCUGGAUUACAAUCCUUAGCGGGAUUCCUGGUUGUUUGAACCAUAGAGUCCUUAAAGUCCAGCAUCAAUUCUCUCCAAUCAAAUUCAACCCAUAUUCGAGAGUAACUGGUAUGAGAACACACAAAUUUUAAUCCAGGGGAAAGUGGGACGGAAAGAAUACAUCGAGAGAGUGAAAUAAUCACCAAGCCCCGAGCCUGGGGCAUAUAUAUUAAGUCACUGGCACUUUUCUAACCUGUGGCCUACCAAAAGCAGGGCGGGCACUCUAUCGAUCCAUCUUAACAACAAAGAAUUUAAUGGAGAGUCAGGGCCACAUAGUAGGUUCAGAAUUGAAACGCGCCCUGUAUUCAACUGAGUACAAAAGCAGAUGGUAGAUUUUCUGCUCAGUUAAAAUAUUUAAACCAUCGUGUCAUGGGCGUGGAGACAAGAAAACGAAAAUCUAACGACUUUCCAAACAUCGGCCAUAACAUGCAAGUAAGUACUAAAAAAGUUUUAAGACCUUAUUCUAAGAAAUAACUUCCACCUUCUUUUGCAAGUUCCCUUUACGCCCAAGCGCUGUUCAGAAGAGGGGACAAGAUGAUCAGUCGUCUUUCGUUGGUCUCAUCGCAGGAGUCACUGUCUCCAUUGCUCUACUUAUUGGCAUCGUUGUGGGGUUUCUAGUUUUUCGUCACCGCCUUCCAAAGUAAGUUGAACCUCAGUCGUGCAGAUCAUUUUACGAUGAAAUAGGGAAAAAGCCAACAAGUUAACCCUUGCCUCUGAUCUUCUCUCAAACAGUGAUUUUACCCUCUUUUAUGUCUCUCCGAAGUUAGGUGCCUGUUUAUUUAUUCGCUACAACCAUUUUUUUUUUCAGUUUUUUCGAAACAUAAAAAAUAGAAACCAUCAGGAAUACAGAGAGUAGGCUUGCCAUUUACUAUGGUAGACAAGUCAAGUUCUUAUGUAUAAGUGAAAAAAUAAAAUUAAUAACAAUACUAGAUAUUUAAAACACCUUCUUUUACAUAGAAAUAAGUCUGAUGAUGCAAGUACAGAAGGCAAGGCAGAAAACAAAGAGGUAAAUAUAUGUCCAUAAAUUCGCAUCAGAUACCCUAACAACUCGAAGCUAUACAAUAAGACUGCGGUCAUAUGGGGUAAUCAUUGCCCUAGCUUUGAGAGAAUUCUAAACUUAACCAAUAUAUAACAAACUGCUGAUUUGAUUUUAUCACUGUCCAACUCUCUUUAAGGUCUAUUCCGACUUUCUUUUGCAAGAAUCUCGUGCCCGUUAUAACAACAGACCAUUGUAGUAUUCAGCAUUAAUUAUUAAUAUAGAUUUUACCCUCUUUUUGUAAUAAUUGCAGGUCACUGUAGUUAUGGAUUCUGUGGGAAUCUCAACUGAAACAUACGAAGAUGACGAUGAUGGUUACAGCACACUUAGAAUUAAGGCAAAUGAGCCGGGUAAGCGAAAAGAGUGAGAAACAUUCGGACGCGUGUAAAUAAGAUUCCUGCUUUAAAUGUUAUGGAUAAAACUGUAGUGAGGUAUGUAUCGCUGAAUUAGGCCUCAACAGUAUCAAAACUCAGUGUUUCCGGUGUCUCCACUUUUGCGUUUUUUUAAAUGUAGGUACCGUUUCAACUCAUUUCCAUUUUUCCUAGAAGUUCUGCAGUCUUGUACUUUUACCUCUGUUGUCCUCCUCAAUCUUUCAAAAUUGUUUUCUUACUGACUAGUUUUUACUUGCGCAGGAAUCUACGCAUCCAACUACUGCCUGGUUAAAGACCCGACAGCUGAUUCUGGGAAUGUGUACGCCCCACUGAACAUCCUUGAUGGCCAGAAUAUCUAUGGGCAUAAACCUACUGAGCCAGUUUACAAUGUUCUGGACAAUUCAGCUUCACGCUCAGAAGCCCCUUUACAAAGUGGUCCAGUAGGCAUCGAACAACCUGUUUACAAUAUUCUGGAGGAGCUACCAAAUCAUCAGGAAGACACCCUACAAAGUGGCGUGGUAAGCAUCGAACAACCCGUUUACAAUAUUCUAGAGGAGUUGCCAAUUGAUCGGGAGAACACACCUUUCGGCACCGAACCAGUUUACAACGUGCUGGAAGCAAACGGUCAAGGCGAUGCAGAGAGCUCUGGUGACAAUGGGUCUCUCCCUUCAGAAGGAAAAAUUCAUAACCCUCUAGAGGAAACAAAGCAUGUUGAAGACUGUAAAGUUAAGAGAGAUAAUGAGCCAGUUUACAACGUUCUUGAGCAAGACCAUUAUCAAAAGGCCUACUAACUGGCAAAUCUGGCGUCAGUCCAUCUUCCUGAGCUGGAUCGAAUUGAAUUACAUGUUGUAUUGGACACUGUCCAUUAAUUUUGAGACGAAGCUGAAAAAAUUGUCAAUAACUUUUUAUCUUUAACCAUAUAAAUUAUACUGCAUUUUUAAUAUACAUGUACAUGUACAUUCUAAUCAAUCUUCAGUAGAUCCAAGAAUAUCUUUUUUUCAUUUUAUAAUAUUUCGAGGAGUAUUUUAUAUCCAUGUGAAAACUACACACAGGAUUUCUACUAAUCGUUUCGAGAUUCAAUAUAAUUAUUAUACACACAGGCAUUGCUUUUAUCAUGUAUGACAGCCAUUAAAGCCCACAUAGUUAGUUAACUUCUUAUGAUAAUGAUGUUAAUAAUAAUAACAAUUAUAAUAUUUAACGAGUGGAACAGCCAACCACAAUUACAGAAAGAUGUCCUAUUUUAGCAAAGAGCAACAGAACCUUUUUUAUUCUUUCCGUUUUUAAGUUUAAAUUGAAAGGCAAGGCUGAUCAUGAUGCAUCUAUAAAUUUUUAAAAAUAAGUCCCUUUCUUACCCUGCUCAGAAAAAAGCCCGAACUUUACUGACGUCUCUGUUCUUACACUUGUUGCUUCCUAACUAAUGGUUCGUGCUAAAAUUAGGAAAGUUUUCAAACCUUUCCAAUCUUCUUGCUUUGAGCCUGUGAAUAACACUAUGCAUCACUCAGUAU